AUGUCUACCUUCGCUUUCCUCCUCCUCUGCGUCCAAGCUUGCUUGCUUCAGAAUGUGUACAGCCAGUGUCUGCGUGGUGCCAUUGCUGGGCCUAUUGGGUGGGAAGCUGGAGUUGCUGGCUGCGGCUGGGGUCCCGGCGUUGCUGGUUUAGGCUGGGAAGCCGGUCUAGCUGGACCCGUUGGGUGCGGUUGGGGAGCCGGCCUUGGUGGUUUAGGCUGGGAAGGCGGUUUAGCUGGACCUGUUGGCUACGGUUGGGGUGCCGGCCUUGGUGGUUUAGGCUGGGAUGCCGGUCUUGCUGGUCCCGGUGCUUGGGGUUGGGGUGCUGGUCUUGCUGGUCCCUACGGAGGUGCCGGUGUUGGUGAUGUAGCAGUCGCUGGUGAAAUGGGCGUCGCUGGCACCACUCUAGUAGCUGGUCAAGUGCCAAUCCUUGGCGCAGUCGAGUUCGGAGGUGUCGUGCCAGCUGCUGGAGCUGUCUCUAUCGCUGGUAGCUGCGGCUGCGGCUGCGGCUGCGGCUGCAACGGUGGAUACCUUUACUGA